AACACACAAAUUUUCUCUCUUUCUUUCUCUUUCUCUGUUUCUCUUUCUAUAGUCUUCCUUUGCAUGCGCCACCACAACCAAGACCAAUACCAAUGGGAAACAUCUGUACUCUCUUCAAGCAUAAGCCACCGCCACCAACCACCACAAAGAAGCGUUCCUCCGGCAACCGUUCUUCUUCGAGGAAAGAGAAGAAGCUCGACGAUGCUGCGAUUCGAGAGCAGGCUAUAGCUGCUGCCAUACUCUUCAAGCAGCACCAGGCGCAGUUCGAUCGUUCAAGUUCUCUACGCUACGCCAAUGGCCACUCUAAGAAGAACGCCUUGCCACGAAGUUCGAGUUCCAGAGCCAGGUCCCUCACUGACCCUCUCCUCCAACCCCAUCAGCUUCUUAAUCAGGGUGUAAAGGUUGAUGAACUUGAGACCAAUCAUUUUGUCCUUGUUCAUGGAGGUGGCUUCGGGGCCUGGUGUUGGUACAAAACUAUAGCACUUCUAGAAGAAAGUGGCUAUAAAGUAGCUGCCAUAGAUUUAACUGGUUCUGGAGUCCAUUCAUUUGAUACCAACAACAUUACAAGUCUGUCACAAUAUGUGAAGCCACUUACUGACUUCCUUGAAAAACUUCCUGAAGGAGAUAAGGUGAUUUUGGUUGGACAUGAUUUUGGUGGGGCAUGUAUAUCGUAUGCGAUGGAGUUGUUUCCUCUUAAGAUUUCCAAGGCUGUUUUUAUUGCUGCAGCAAUGCUGACUAGCGGACAUAGUACUCUUGAUAUCAUUUCUCAACAGGCAGGUUCAAAUGAUCUUAUGCAACAGGCUCAGAUUUUUUUGUAUGCUAAUGGGAAUGAUCGCCCUCCCACUUCUAUUGAUCUGGACAAGUCUUUGUUGAGGGAUUUGUUAUUCAACCUAUGUCCCACCAAAGAUGUUGCUUUAGCUUCUGUCUCAAUGAGGCCCACACCAUUUGCACCAGUUUUAGAGAAACUUUCCCUUUCAGACCUGAAAUAUGGAUCUGUAAGGAGGUUUUAUAUAGAAACUCUUGAAGACAAUGCCAUACCCAUCUCACUCCAGGAGAACAUGAUAAAUGCAAGCCCCCCAGAAAAGGUUUUCCGUUUGAAGGGUGCUGAUCAUUCUCCUUUUUUCUCAAAGCCUCAAGCUCUUCAUAAGUUACUGGUAGAGAUCUCAAAGAUCCGUUAAGAACAUUCAUUGCCUAUAUUGUUUGUGAAGUCCCAUCCAUGCUAAAAGCUUCAUUAACAUGAAAUAGGAAUGUGCAGUUGCCUUAUCAUGAAAGUGUAUUGUGUGCAAGUCUCAGGUUUCAUUCUUCUUCUUCUUUGGAGUUAAGCUAGAAAACUUGCUUGUUUAACCUGUAACUUGCAACAGGUAUUACUUACAACAGAAAAACCAUGUUAUAUUGCAAGCAUUACUAGUUAAGAGUGUCAAGGUUUUCUGAUUAAAGUUGCAAGUUACCUGAUAGACAAUAAAAAAAAAAAUACUUGUAAAUUGUUACUAUUAAGGAAAUUUUAUGGUAACGCCACCUUCCAUCUUAGUAAGGGAUCAUCACAAUGCAGAGGUACAUUGGAAGGAAGAAAGUCUUGGUCAUCAAAUGUGUUAACAUUCUUUUGAUGUUCCAAUAAUGCUGCUGGUUGCUGGAGGUUUACAUUUUGAGAGUCCUGGAGACUCCUUAGAGGUUUACAUUCUUCUUCUUCUUCUCUUUUUUUUUUUUUAAGGUAGUUUUCCCAAAUAUUUUUGCAUGCCACUCUAAUUAUGAUAAGUAAUUUUGUAUCUUUUGCAA